UCCGUGUCAGUCUUUCCUUCUCUUCUGGCGGUGAAGCGUCGCCGCCACGAGCGACAGUCACUGUUGAAUCUCACGAGCAGCAGCAUCUGGAGAGAGAGCUCCUUCUUUCCCGGCCGCCAGGAAUCGUCGUCCACUAAGUCGUAUGGAGGCUUGGGCCUGCUCACAGCGGCAGCGGUAGCUGAUCACAGCCAAAGUAGUCACCAAAGCAGCAGCUCCAACGAGGAUGACAGAGGAGAUGAUCGGAGGAGCUCAAAGCGGAAGAAAGGAUAUCUCAACCAGGAUGACGAGGAUCAAGACGACGACGAUGGGGACGAAGACGACGAAGAAGAAGAAGCUGGCGGUGUCGAGGACGCUGAGUCGCUGGAAGAGCCGGAGGAUAAGUUGAGGCUGGUUUCGGGAGGAGCUGGGGCCGAUCAUGAGAGCGAGGGAAAUUUUUCCAGAGUUGUCUAUCCCCGGGGUCAUUGGCGGCCUGCCGAGGAUGAUAAGCUCAAGCAGCUGGUUGCUCUCCAUGGCCCCCAGAAUUGGAACGUAAUCGCGGAGAAUUUGCACGGGCGAUCAGGAAAGAGCUGCAGGCUUCGAUGGUUUAACCAGCUGGACCCGAGGAUCAACCGGCGCCCCUUCAGCGAAGAAGAAGAGGACCGGCUCAUGGCUGCCCAUCAAAUCCACGGCAACAAGUGGGCUCUCAUUGCCAGGCUCUUCCCAGGUAGAACUGACAACGCCGUCAAGAACCACUGGCACGUUAUAAUGGCGAGGAAGCUCCGGGAGAAGUCGAGGAGCUCGUCGAGCAGCAGCAGCAUCACUAGAGCUAGAAAGUCCCAAUUCCCGACGUCCCUGGCGCGCAGAACGUCUUCCAAAAAGGCCUUUCCCUCCGGCGGACAGACUGUGGCUCAGUCCCUCACUGCCUGGAUCCACAAGUACUCCAUCAUUGCCUCGUCUUCUUCAGCAGCAGAUAGCGGGUGCUACAACUUUGGUGGCAAUACUUCUCACGAUCACGGUGUCGACAACAGUUUCUAUCACCACCAGGCCGCGGCAAACAGGGAAUUCUCCAAGCUCAAAGGACUCCUCUCUCUGUGCCCUCCUCAAGUGGAUUCUUACAAGUAUCCAAAAGCCUUUCCUGGAGGUACAAACAGCUCGCUUAGUGCAACACCGACAAAAGGAAACAACUUACCAAAGAUACGUGCGUAUGCGGCAGAAAGGAGAGCAUGCCCACCGCUUUUAGCUGGAUUUGAAUUCCCUGACGUUCGGGAAGAAAUGGAGACUUCUAAUAGCAGUGUUUUCAUGAGCCAACAGCCGGAAGCAAGCGCUUACAAGCUCCAAGAUCGAAGUUUUUUCUCACAUAACGUAUCUUCCACCGCCAACUUCGUCCACGAUAGGAAAAGGAUUGCAAACUCUGACACCAGUGACCUGAGUACUGCGUUGCGGUUGGGAAGACAUUCCCUCGACCACCAGCAGCAACAGCACCAGCUUCAACAGCAGCACCAACAGCAGCACCAGCAACACCAGCAGCAGCAAGUUUCAGCAAUCCACAAACAACUCUGGAAUGCAAGAAGCACAAUCCAGCAUACUGUGUUGACAUAUACAAUCAUAAGGAAGAAGAUGAAGAAGAAGAAAAGGUAGCAGCCAGCACUCACUGCGAGGAAAAAGCUUUUGCGUUGGUCGUUGUCCAGAGGAUCAAAAUCGUCGCGAAAAAAAACUGUGAAGCCGGCCGAAUUUGCAUCUAGUAUCUGUAAAGUUGUCGGGGAACUCGCUGAUUCUCUUCCGCGAGAAUUAUCGAAAUAGAGUACUUUAAUCAAUCACCUGUUUGUAUA